CAUAAAUGGACAGGCCGAAACAAGAAGGAAGAGGAAUAGCAAGAUAGAAUAGGAACAUAAAGGAACAAUUUAUACAACAUGGAAACCCCCAUUUGAAAAAAGAAUGAAUUACCUCUUUAAAAAAGAAUGAAUUACCCCCUAUUUACGCCCACAGAUCUCGCACGCCAUUCUUCUGCAGAUAUCGCACUCCGCACCCCAUUCUUCUGCAGAUUCCACACCCCAUUCUUCUACAGAUCUCGCACCCCGCCGCUCGCCGCACACCGCUGAGCGGUAAAAGGCAACAAUGAAAGAUAAUGUGACAGAAGCCGGUACUAGUGUCAGCAAAGGCAAAGCAAAAUUCACAAUGGUGACAAAGAAAGAUAAUGUGAGCAAGGUGAGAAAUUGUGUUACCGAAGGCAUUUCAAUUGGCAAAAAUCAAACUAAUUCGUCUUCUUUUAAGGGGAAAAAUGAUUUCUCUAAGGCCAUUGGGAAGGAAAAUGAACUUUCUGUGAAUCCAUCUUCACAGGAUGUUCCAAGGAAAAGUUGUGAGUUAAAUUUACCUGAUUCAGAAGAUGAGCUGAUGCAACAAGCAGUGGAAUUGUUUGGGGAGUUUCACAACUAUGAACCUUGCUGCAAGAGCAGAAAGAAAAGGAUGCAUGGGUCAUUGAUUAUUUCUGAGCGCGAAUCUUCAUCUCCACCACCACUACAGUCAGUGGCAACAAAGAAAGAUGAUGUGACCAGAGCAAGAACUUGUGUCACCAAAGGCAUUUCAGUUGGCAAAAUUCAAUCUAAUUCGUCUUCUUUUAAGGGAAAAAAUGAUUUCUCUGAGGCCAUUGGUGAGGGAAAAGAAUUUUCGGUGAAUCCAUCUUCACGUGACGUUCCAAAGAAAAUUUGUGAGUCAAAUAUACCCGAAUCAGAAGAUGAGGUGGUGCAACAAGCGAUGGAAUUGGACAUUCCAAAGAAAAGUUGUGAAUCAAAUAUACACGAUUCAGAAGAUGAGGUGAUGCAACAAGCAAUGGAAUUCUUAGGAGAGUUUCACAACCAUGAACUUUGCUGCAAGAACCGAAAGAGAAGGAUGGAAGAGAGUCUACUGAUAAUUAAUUAUAUUACUGAGCGUGAAUCUCCAUCUCCUCCACCACCAGAGUCAGUGAUUUUGGAGCAAAAAGAGGAACUUAGAAAGCUGUACCAAGUCUUAAGAGGAGAGAAGAUACCAAGUACACUCUAGGAGUGCCUUAUUUGGGUUUGAAGCUGAGAGAGGUCUGAUGAAUCCUUGAUCCUCUCGUGAUCAAUGUAUUUUGGACUACAUUGUGAUGUUCUUCAUUACUUUUGCAAAGACUGCUUAUGAUCCCUUGUGAUUUUGUUUUCCUUUUAGCUGAAGUUUGUCGUUUAGUCAAAAUUAUUCGACUAAUAACCCUUAAUUAUCUGUGUAAAUGUUUUGUAAGAGUUAAACAUGAUAGUAUUAGUAAUUUAAUCGACUAAAGUUAUAUUCAA